GGCCUCCGGCCAGCCCCGCGGCCUCAGGGGAGCCGCUUCGGGCGCCGGGGCGCAGCCCCCGGCGAGCCUGACACCGCCUGGGGCUCGGCAGGAUGGAAGCCGCGGAGGUCCCGGCGGUGGCCACGGAGCGGAGGUUCGCCCAGCGCCUCAGGGAACGCCUGGAAGAGGAGCGGCUCCUGGACGGGCGGUACCGGCUGCAGCGGGCGCCGGGCGGCCGCGUGGCCCUGCCCGUGCUGGAGGAGAAGCUCUCGCAGCUCUGCCUGCCCCCGGAGAUGCCGUGUGAGCUGCUCCGCAUCCAGGAGCCUGUCCCCUCCAGGGCCGCCCGCCGCCGCACGCCGGCCCGGAGGCUGCGGGACGAGCUGCGGCGGCUGCUGGGUGCGGGCUGGUCGGCGGAGCUGGAGCGGGACGUGCCGCACGCCUGGCAGAGGCACGGCGACAUGGUGCUGCUGAGCGAGGACAGCUUCAGGGCUGCGCCCUGGGACAGGCUGGGCUCGGCGCUCUGGCAGGCGGUGGCCUCGGCUCUGGGGGCCCGGCGGGUGGCCAGGCGGGGACGGGUGAUGCCGGAUGGGAUGCGGACCCCCAGCGUCACCCUGCUGCUGGGCCAGCACGGCUGGGUGGAGCACGUGGACAACGGGAUCAGGUACACCUUCGAUGUGACCAAGUGCAUGUUCUCCCCGGGCAACAUCACGGAGAAGCUGCGUGUGGCCUCGCUGCCCUGCUCCGGGGAGGUCCUGGUGGAUCUCUAUGCAGGCAUCGGCUAUUUCACUCUGCCCUUCCUGGUGCACGCGGGGGCCGCCUUUGUCCACGCCUGUGAGUGGAACAGCCACGCCGUGGAGGCCCUGCACAGGAGCCUGGUGCUGAACGGCGUGCGGGAUCGCUGCCGCAUCCACAGCGGGGACAGCCGGCAGCUGCAGCUGCGGGACGUGGCAGACAGGGUGAACCUGGGGCUGAUUCCCAGCUCGGAGGAAGGCUGGCCGGUGGCCUGCCGCGUCCUGAAGAAGGACACGGGCGGGGUUCUCCACAUCCACCACAACGUGGAGGCCGGCCCGGCGCCGGCCCAGCUGCCGGCUGAGCGGGGCUCUGCAGGGGCAGCCAGCUCCGCGGGAGAGGCACGGCGCCCGACAGAGCCCGGUGGGGAGGACACGCCGGGGGCCAGGCUCAGACCCGAGUGGCGGAGCUGGGCUGAAGGCACGGCCGCACGGAUCCGGGGGCUGCUGGCAGAGCUGCACGGGCGGCCGUGGCGCACCAGCGUCCUGCACGUCGAGGCAGUGAAGUCCUACGCGCCUCACGUGCAUCACCUCGUGCUGGACCUCGAGUGCCGGCCUGCGCCGCCCGUUUAGCGGGGCGUGGGCACCGCUGGGGCUCCAGCUCCCGUGGAAGGGUGGUAUCAAGCACCAGGGGCAGGGAGAUGCUACCAGCAGUGUCCUGCUGCCAGCCUGGAUGUGCCUUAUGUCCCCUGGUUCCCAGGUGGCAGCACUGCCCAGCAGUGCCAGCAGGGCACACAGGGUUGUGCUCCCCACGGCAGAUCCCUUCAGGAUCCAGACGAGGAUGGGGCAAGCUGGGGCACAGAGUGCCAGUGUUCUGCCCUGGCUCUGCCACUCGCUGCCCAGGUCUCGGACAUGUGGUAGCACCUUGAGCCCCAUUUUCACACAGGAGAGAGCCACAGUGCUGAGAAGCCUUGGGUUCCUGCUGAGUUCAUUUCAGCAGGUCAGGGACAAGCUUUGUGCUUGUAUUUACCAGCAUGCUUUUUUAAUGUAUUGGAAGCAAGUCUCUUCAUCCCGUUUCCUUCCUAUCUUUUUUUUUUUUCAGAAAUAAAGAUAUUUCUCACCACCUCUUGUUGGUGUCCAGUUAAAA